CAACUAUGUGACACGGUACAACAUCGACAGCACCACUCCGUUCGUUUGAGCGUUUCACUGUUAUAUCACAAUAUUAAGGUAUGACGCAGAGAUAGACAGUUGGUUCUGGAGAAUUGAUUGGUUGUGACCAUGUUUAGGCUGGGGCUUACUCGUUGGUUUGUCCUAUCAGCAUGGUGUAUUUGGAGGACACAAGUCGCAACGUCCGAUUCAAAGCCAUCAUGGACAUGGAAUUCAACUGGCGACCAGUGUCGGCCGGUGGUGUGCUCGUGCUACAUGGACGGGGUGUAUUACGACGAGGGGGAGGAGUGGCAGGACCCGCAGGACCCCUGUGUCCGGUACAGGUGUCUCGAGAAUGGAUUCUACAAACCAAUACGCUCAGGGUGCAAUUUUAAAGGCAAGUGUAAGAAGCACAACGAGACGUGGACGGAGGGCUGUUUUCUGUACCGCUGUGACGCCGGGACCAACACGUGGAGGUACAGCCUCGUGCAACCAGGCUGUGCGAACAAGAAGGGCGACUGUUUGAAGGUAGGAGAGCGCUACAUGGAAUUGUGCGACACUUACGAAUGUCAGAUCGUCGGGUCCUGCUACACCUUGACCAAGGUCAAAACAGGUUGUCAGUCUAAAAAAGACGGAUGUAAGCCUGUGUACAGCUUCUGGCACGAUGAGUGCGCCCUCUAUCAGUGUACUCUGGACAAAGGGAAAAGCCAAUCUUUGAUACAGACUCAUUCACACGACGUGAUGGCGUGGCCGAGGGGCGAGUACGCCCUACUAGAGACGAUUCACGGCUGUCCGCCCGUCUUCACCGAGUUCUGGGAGGAGGGUUACCACGCUCACUGGGGUGAAGGUCACAACGACUACUCCGACGACUACCACCUCAAGGGCAACAAGACGGAGUUGAUGAUGGAGCACCUCUUCUGCGUGCACCGCGAGGUCAACGACACGGCGUUGUUGCCGGUCUACCAGACGUACUUUGAGCAGGGCAGAUACUGCAUCAUGGCGUACAACGGCUCGUGUCCUAAAGGUUUCAAGGAAGGGAUGGUCAUGAUGGCUGAUGAAAACAAGAAUGGAACGAACCACACGUGGGGAACUCUGCCUGACGGGUUCUAUAACGACUUAGUGACGGGGAUGUUGUUCUGUUGCCGUGACGAUGGAGAUAUCGACAAACCAAUCAUUCUGCCUACCCGGCAUCCAUUCGCGCUGUUCAUGGCAGCCAAUGAGAGCAAGUGUCAAGAGGUCAGAGGGAUGAACUACAAAAUCGAAUACUUCAGCCACGACGACGUGAACAACGGCACGACGAGGGAGAUGCACGGCUCGCUACCCGCCGUGAAGACCGCCGACAACAACACCCUCGUCUACGUCUGCUACUACGAGCCGGUCAUGUGCGGUUGCGUCGACAAAGAUGAACAUUUUGUUGCUCUGGAUGACGUCAUCGAGAGAGCGUGUGUGAAGUACCAGUGUAAGGAGGAGGACAACCUGAAAGUCCUGGUGGUCAUCGAGGGAGGGUGUGAGGUGGAAGGUAAACCGAAGUGUGUGGCUGAGAACGAGACAUGGGUGGAGACACACGGGGAGAGUUGUUACACCAAACAGUGUGUCCGCCAGGUCGACCGUAACACGAGUCAAAUCACCUUCAGCGUGGAGACCAUUCUCAAAGAAUGUCGUGAUGGCGAUCAAUGUCGACCUUUGACCUACACGAAAACUCACGGCUGCUACAGCACACAGUGCCGGGAAAAUAACAUCACUGGAGAGACGUCGUUUUUUGUCACAGAGGCAGCUUGCAGUGAUGGGUAUGGACACUGUAUCGAGGUAGGGAAGACCGUCAAGAAAGACUGCAUUGAACUCAAGUGCAACUUGGAAAUUUCCAAAUGUAGCCUUGUUCCAGCAAAGGGAGGCUGUUCGUUUAAUGGGCAAUGCUACGAUGAAGGAUCGACUUGGAUAUAUGCCUGCUCCAACUACACGUGCAUCAACAACAGCAACAAAACACACUACCAGUGGAAGUAUCAGGUUAUCAACAAAGGUUGUCUAGACCACGCAGGGAAGUGUCACCAGGAGGGUGACCGGAUCACCAAACACUGUCUCACAUACGAGUGCAGGUGGGAGGAUGUGCCCGGCUUCUACGUCGUGUCAGGUGGUUGUUCGUGGCGAGGAAAGUGUCACAACGCCAACGCUCGGUGGAAAGAAGGAUGUUCUACUUAUAACUGUACUGUUUUCCAGAACGGAACACACACCAUCAGAAGCGUAGUUCCAGUCCAUCUAGGUUGCCACAUCGGUGAUAAGUGUGUGAAUAGUGGAGACACCUACACCAAGGACUGUGUUACUUACACGUGUCACAAAGGAGGAAAGGAAUGUGGAAUAAAAGUACUCAAAGUUGAGUGUAUCCACCCUAAAACAAGCAAAUGUAUCGAAGCCAAUGCCACAGCAGACAAAAAAUGCGGGACGUACAAGUGUAAAAUCACGAACACUACCAAAGGAUACACUCGAGGAUUUGAACCAGUGAACAUAGGGUGUUACUAUGACAGCCAUUGUUACAAAGCGAAUGACACCAUGGUGAAGGAUUGUACCACAUACAAAUGUUUUCAGGAAACAUUAAAAUCUGGAUAUGUGCGGUCUGGUUUCAAACUUAGUUCUUACGGAUGUAACUACAAGGGCAGCUGCCACAACAUGAAUGAGACUUUCAUGGAUGGAUGUACUAAGAAGGUUUGUCGUGUGUAUCAGAAUGGCAACAGGAUAUUCUACAGAAUUGUCUACCUUAACUGCAAGAUGAACGGACACUGCUACAACAUCAAUGAUACUGUGAAAAUAGGUUGCUCGAAUUACACGUGCCUGGAAAAGAACGACCACUCUGGUCAGCGUGCUAGUAUGCAAAGGACGAGCGGUGGCUGCACCGACCCGAACACGGGCAAAUGUAUCGCGGCCAACACCACAGUCGAAUAUUACUGCGGAACAUACAAGUGUCUCAUUAACAAAACCUCAAAAGGCUACACACGUCAACUAAAGACGAUAACUUUGGGUUGUUUAUGGCGAGGAAAGUGUCGCAAAGCCAGCACUCAUUGGACAGAAGGAUGUUCCACCUAUAACUGUACUGUUAUCCGGAACGGAACCCACACCAUCAGGAGCGUGGUUCCAGUCCAUCUAGGUUGCAAGAUUGGUGGUAAAUGUGUGACUUCCGGUGAUACCUACGAAAAGGACUGUGUUACUUACAAAUGUCAAAGGGGAGGAAAGGAAUGUGGCGUAAAAAUAUAUAAAAUGGGAUGUAAAUACAAGGAUACCUGCCACAAGAUGAAUGAGACGUUUCUGGAUGGAUGUACAAAGAAAUCUUGCCGAGUGUAUCGAGUUGGCAGCAAAGUGUAUUACAAGGUUGUCUCGCUUAACUGCAAGAUGAACGGAGAGUGCUACAAUAUCAACGAGACAAUUAAAAUAGGUUGCUCGAUUUACACGUGCUUGGAAAAGAAGGACCAUUCUUGUCAGCGAGCUAGUAUGACCAGGACCACCACAGGAUGCAAAGACAAUGGUGUAUGUCGGACGUUGGAUGAAGAAUACAGUGAUGGGUGCAGCACCAAAGUCUGCAGGAAGGAAUCAUUAAAUAGCACUCAUUAUCGUUUGAGAAUAGUAACGAAGGGCGGUAAAAAAUGUCAAAAGGACGGGAAAUGCUAUGACCUUGGCGAUACUUUCAAAGAAGUGACAAAGGAAAUCUGGUGUAAGGUUUACUCGUGUCAAAGUGACGGCAAGUUCUACAAUACGAAACUCAGUAAGGAGUAUUACAAAAACGUUCAUUAG